AUGCAUCCGAUCAUUUCGCACGCUCUAGGUUCCGCUCGCCCUGCCGACUACAUCGCUGCAUACGGAGCGCGCUAUUGGACGAAGGGUCUUCAAUCCUACCGCCUCCGGCGUCAGACGUCGACAGGCGCCUUAUCCUCCCAGGCGGCUCAAGACGGCCGAAGUGACACCGGACGCGACGAGCGGUCCGGACAAGAUGGUGAUCUAGAACGACGCGUUACGUCAAUCCGCGGCCUAGGUGACUUGCCAGUCUUUACGGUCGACGAGCUCGAUUCGGAUCAGGACGGCCGUCUCAUCGUACGCUUCAACCUCUUCAUCGAAGGUGAAGUACCCCUCGAUGCCUUGCCCGAGGGGGACGAUGUGCUAUACAAGCGUUGCUCCUUACCGCUCGGUUGGAUCAUAACGGUGGCUGCUACUCCGGCACCCUCGCGGGCAGCUACCCCGGCACCCUCGCGGGCAGCUCACGCGCCACCGGCGCCGGCGGUCUCGAUGCAAGGCAAGCGCCCCGCUCGCAACGCCGAUCCGUGGGCGACUUCUGACGAGGAAGAAAGCGACGAACCGACUGAGAAUCCGGCGGGGACCCAACUCCGUCAGCUCGAGGGCUCGGCCGAUCGCCUCGCUCAGCGACCGACUAAGAAGAAGUCCAAGAACCCGGCACCCCCUCCAGCCCAGCGCGCUGUCGUGUCGUACCGUCCUUCUACGCUAUCGCAAGGUGGUCGUGUACUCCUCGAUGAGGACAAUGAGGACCAGGAGACUCCGACCGCUACAUCCAUUGCUCAAGAGAAAGCGGCGAGGAUGUACGAGGAGACUCUGGCAGUCCCUAGCACUGCUUACUCCGAACUCCCCGGCUACGUGACACUUCGCCGCGACAAAGAGGAUAUGUACAAAGAAGCCUUACUACUCCCUCGAGCGCACGUCUACCGCCUAGACAGACAAGCCGCCAUACUCAAGAAGAACCACGGGUUGAAACUGGACGUCAUAGAGAUCAUGAAGGUCCUUACCGGUCAAUUCGUCAGCGCGGUCGAUGCCGAUAACCCAGCGCCUUCCGACUUGUUCUACAUGUUCCAGCAUUCUGGCAACAAGUUCUACGGAAUUGAAGCAAUGGUUCAAUCCAAGGCUAGCAUCAAAAAGAGAACGCUCACGCAAGCAGGUCACACGGAAGCCUUGAUGGAGCUCGAGAAACUCGAAGGCGUCGUGUUCAACUCUCAUCAAGGUCGCGACUGGCAGCACUACACUCGCUUCUUGAGGGAAUUGGCCCAAGAUCCAGAUCUCGGAUUCGACUUCGUAGUCCUGUACGAUAACAAGUACCGUCGGGAUCUGGCCGAUAGAGGAAAGUCGGUCCAUUCCCUCCUCGACGCAAAACUCGGUGACAGCGUCUACGCGCUCUUGAUCAACAAGUGGCUCGCCGGCAACCGGUUCUUUCGAAGCGAGGGGUCGUCCACGGCGAACCACGGCUCCUCAAAUGCUUCGCACCCACGCUCGCUACCGGGCAAGAAAAAGCGUAACCCCUGCAAGAGGUUUAACCGAGGCGACUUCCAUGAUGAAGAGGCAUGCGAUUAUCGACAUGUCUGCUCGGCUUGCAAGGGAAACCAUGCAGCUUCGAGUACUCUCUGCACGCAUCGACAGCUCAAAUCGGGAGCUCGCCUCGCAGUGGCAGCCACGGGAGCAGCAGCUGAUGCUGCCGCUCGGCGCUAGAUACCUCGAGGACAGCGACGAUUCAAUAGCCCCGGACGAAUCGUCGCUUGCGGUCGUCAUCUCAGACGACACUGGACCUCCGGGCCACCCUUCUCUAUCUCACCUGUCGGGCUUAGGGCUGGCACCCAAGUACCAAAGGUCAUUCCACUUCGAUCCACCCUCGAAGGAUUAUCCUACUACCCCACUCCUUUCCUCGACGACGUCCGUGGGCAGGCUCCCCGGACCGCUACCUCGAGCCCACUUCACUCCAGAGCGUCUGGCGAUUAUCGGGGACACUCAACGGUUGUACCCUUCCCAAUUCAACUUCACUCGGACGAUUAACGAUCACUACCUGGGCAAGCUUCUGGCAGAGCACCCAAACACGACCUUAGUCAACUCCUUCCUCUCCGCUUUUCGCUCGGAAGGAUUCGAACCACCGCACGAUGGCAGCAACGCGCGUGGCGACGACCCCACGUCUGUACAAUUUCCUAAGAACGAGCAUCAUCGCGAGUUCAUCCAAACGACUGUGGACGAGGAAGUCAAGAAACAAUGGGUCUCUCCCGGCAGCGCAUUUCCUCUCCCGGGAGUCACCUACAACUCGAUUUUCGUAGUCGAGUCGACCAACCAUAGGAUGCGUGUGGUGGCAGACCACACCUCCUCCGGUCUCAACGACGGCAUCCAACGAACCGAUUGCCCGACGAUCUAUGAUACCAUCAUCGACUUUAUCCGUCUCCUUUGCUGGCAUCGGUUUGCAUCGGGACUUCUUACAGACACAUCAGUUCUCGGGAAGCUCGAUGUCUCUUCGGUGUUCAAAAUCCUCAUCAUGUCCAAGCGCUGGCAGGCGCGUCAAGGCAUAGCAAUCAAAUGCAGACUUUCGGAUGGUACACUACGCACCUGGUACCACAUUGAAUGGAGGGGCGUGUUCGGCUGUCGCGCGAUGCCCUUCCUGUGGACUAGGUUCAUGUCACUACUGAUGUGGGUGGCUCACAACGCCUACGGAAUCGAACACCCCCUUGCGUACAUGGACAAUGCUUUCGGCAUCGAUCUGGCAGGAUCGAUGGUCGCUUACAACCACAACGGCACUACGCACACAAUUCCGGCCCAACAAGCAGCGAUGGCAGCGCUGUGGACCGGACAAGGCACCACAUGGGCGGCGCAUCACAAUCACAGGCAUCGACUGUGACCUGGACUCGUUCUCCGUGUCCCUUCCCCAAAAGGUGAUUGAGGACCUCGUCAGGGAAAUCGACGCGUUCCUCCUGGAACCGAGCCGGCACCCCACGCUCCGCAAGUGGAGACAAAUGACUGGCUGGCUGAGUUGGUCCCUCAACGUGGCUCCGCAGGCUCGCCCGUAUCUUACCCCGCUUUACGAGAAGCUUGCCGGCAAGAAACGUUCCGACGCGGGGGUGCCGAUCAACACCUCGGUUGCGACCGCACUCGCAGCUAUGGCAACGCUGCUCGUCGAAUCUCCCUCGCUCCGCCUAGAUAGCCCAAGUCUCACUCGCUGGAGCCUCAAAGAUGCGGACGUUGUUAUCUACACCGAUGCGUGCCUCCAAAACGCUACGGGGACGGGCGCAGGUCUCGGCUUCUGGUUUGAGUGGAAAGGCAUGGUUCACCACUACUACUGUCGGCCGCAACGAACGUACGAAUGUAUCCAAUUCGCAGAAACCUUGACGGUUGUUCUAGCAUUAGGGAUCGUUACACACCCUUCCAGUCCAUUCAAACCGCUCUCGCGAGUUCUCGUACGUACGGACUCGGCUCCGGCGGUGUACGCAGUCGACUCGGGUGCAGCAAAAGACGGCGACUUCAUGCCGCUGCGCACCCUCACCCUUCGAUCAUAUGUCAUGGCCCAACACCGGAAGUUUGACCUCAAGGUCAUACACGUCCAUGGCAAAGACAACACCCUCGCUGACGACCUUUCGAGGCAACACGAGGUCCAGCUUCACCGGCGCUUCAGCCCUCUCACCCAUUUCGACCCCUUCAUCCCCGGGCUGGAGGGGGUGUCGUUAUGACGAACAUCAGACGAGAGGACGGAAGGCAUGUCUCCUUUGCGCCCCGUCCUCUCUUGGAGCCGGCUACUCGAGCUCAGCCGAUGCUCCCGCUGGAUGAUCUUCGUCAACUACGCGACGAAGCCGCCAUUUUUGCGCUCGAACCCAAAACUCGAUCAGACUACGCUCGAGCUUUGCGGCAAUGGAUCGCUUUCAUCAGCUACUACCGCGCUCAGGGCCAUGACAUCAUGUAUCACCCCACCGAAGACAUGCUGUCGGCGUUCAUCCGACAUCGCUUCCGUACGGUCUCCUCGGUGUACCAGACACUCUCUGGCCUCGCGUUCCACUUCCUACCGAUCAUGGGGAGUACAUGGACAAUAGUGCGCUCCUCACAACUAGUCAGAAACACAAUCAUUGGCGGUAUCAAGCUUAAGCGUCGAGCUCGGAAGCAAGCUAAACCGCUAGGCUUCCGCUCCGUGGCCUUCGUACUUCGCACGGCGGUGGCACUCCGGGAUCUGGACUACGACUCGCUCCUGUUCCUUGCGAUGGUGUCUCUAGGUUUCGUGUCGUGUGCACGGAGUGCAGAGCUCACUGUUCCCUCAACAAUCCGUUUUCGGGAUCCAGCCAAACUCCCGCGACGCAGCACAGUGAAGAUGGACUCCAAUGGCUUCUCAGUCCAUCUUCCGUACCACAAGGCAGACCGCCGUUGGCAAGGGUCGUUCCUGUACUUCACACCCGGCACGACGGAUCCAGCCUUCCUACGCAUCCUGCAUCGCUACCUGCAGGCCCGGGAUAGUCGGAACAAGUCCUCCGACCUGCUGUUCUUGACAAGGGGAGGUCUCCCACCCACCCGCACCUGGUUCAUCGGCCGCCUCCGUCGCACCUUCGGAUCAGCUUACAGUGGACACUCUCUACGAGCCGGAGGCGCGACUCACUACGCUCUGCAAGGUCUCUCGGCGGAUAUCAUCAAGCGGCUCGGGCGUUGGCGCUCGUCCGCUUGGGAGGAGUACGUCAGGGUUUCCCCUCAACUGCAGCAAGCCCUCCUCAACUCAGCAUGA